AUGGGAAGAAUGCGCCUAUGGGCAAGCAGCUUCGGACUCUGGCUGGCCGCGCCGGGAGUGUCUAUUCAUCUUAUCCAGCCGGCCAAUUUCUAUCGCGGUAUGGUAUCACCAGCACUCGGAGUACUUUGUGGCCAGGCCAAGUGGGGGCCACUAACAGUGGAGCCAUCGAUUCGCCACUUUAUUAUUAGCUUCCCGAGACAUUGUUUUGUUAUGAUUCGGUAUCCACCGGUACCUGAAGCCAAGACGAGAAUUGAGUUUUCAGGCAUGAGGUCCAGCGCAUUCAUCUUGGAAGUCAAAGAACAAGAACAAGAAUGA